GACAAGAUGAGGGCGACAGAUAUUCGUCGUAGCGACAUGCCGGGCCCCAAGGUCUACAACCUGUGGUGGGGUGACCAGGGGCUUCCGAAGCAGAAAGGAUGGGUUCAAUACAGCAUGUCCCCUAUGAGGCAGAGGGCCACCCAUAAUAUACUCCGCAACUGGCUUUUUAACGGUUACCGACGCCUCUCCACCCAGGUGCCAUAUUGGAUCGUGCCUUUCGCCAUCGGUUACGGCACGUAUGCCUGGGCGAAGCGCUACGAUACGUAUCUCAACAGCAAGGCUGCCCACGUUGCUGCUCAUGGUGGCCAUUAGAUAGUCGAUCGCCUCGCGCAAUAAACCUGACCUGUACGUAUUCACUACGUAUUAGGAUGGAAAAC